CUUAACAGACAUAACAACAGCGGCUGGUGAAUGAGGUGAUUAAAAGAUGAAAGAGGCAGAGCGGCAGAGCGGCAUCAGAGGGAGAGCGGCAGAGCGGCAUCAGAGGGAGAGCGGCAGAGCGGCGCGGCAUCAGAGGGAGAGCGGCAGAGCGGCGCGGCAUCAGAGGGAGAGCGGCAGAGCGGCGCGGCAUCAGAGGGAGAGCGGCAGAGCGGCGCGGCAUCAGAGGGAGAGCGGCAGAGCGGCGCGGCAUCAGAGGGAGAGCGGCAGAGCGGCGCGGCACCAGAGGGAGAGCGGCAGAGCGGCGCGGCACCAGAGGGAGAGCGGCAGAGCGGCGCGGCACCAGAGGGAGAGCGGCAGAGCGGCAUCAGAGGGAGAGCGGCAGAGCGGCGCGGCACCAGAGGGAGAACGGCAGAGCGGCGAGGCAUCAGAGGGAGAGCGGCAGAGCGGCAGAGCGGCAUCAGAGGGAGAGCGGCAGAGCGGCGCGGCAUCAGAGGGAGAGCGGCAGAGCGGCGCGGCAUCAGAGGGAGAGCGGCAGAGCGGCGCGGCAUCAGAGGGAGAGCGGCAGAGCGGCGCGGCAUCAGAGGGAGAGCGGCAGGGCGGCGCGGCACAAAGGGAGAGCGGCAGGGCGGCGCAAAGGGAGAGCGGCAGAGCGGCGCGGCACAAAGGGAGAGCGGUAUGAAAAGAAACACAACAUGACAGACAAUGACAGUAUGUGG